CGCAACCCUUUUUUAUUCCAUUCAAAGCUUUGCCUAAAGUCAAUCUUCAUCAGUUUCUCCUGAUUCCUUCACUGAAUUCCGGCGAAAGUUUUGAUUUUUCCGUUUCUAAUCACUCUGAUCUCUGUUUUCUGUUCUGGGGGAUUUAACAGUGUGCGUGGGUCUUCCGAAGAAGAAUUUAAAAACACGAUCUUGUUGGUUUUCGUGAACUGGGUUUUUUUCCGCUGAGCCGUUGAAGUUGUGGUGUUGUGUGUUUGUUCUGAGUGGAUUGAAAUUAGGGUUUAGAUUUUAGGGAAGCGAAUGGAUUGGAUUGUGAAUAAAGGACUUUCUUCACUACCCGGUGUCAAGUUUACAGAGCCUCAGGUUAAAUGUUACAUGCGACAACUUCUAAAUCCUGAUCACCGGAGCUCUGCAGAUCGUGCCCUUGAGAGUGAGUACUUCAAAACCAAGCCGUUUGCUUGCGAUCCAUCGAACUUACCAAAAUAUCCUCCUAGUAAAGAGAUUGAUGCGAAAAUGCGUGAUGAAGCGAAAAGGCAACAACCCGUGAGAGCGGAGAAACAAGAGAGGCAAGACUCUAUGACGAGAAUAUCACACGAGAGAAAACCUGUACCGCAGAUCAAAGGCAAGAACUCUCUAUCAAUGACAAUGGAGAAACAAUAUCAAGAUUUGAAGAGUAGAAACGAUAGUUUCAAGUCGUUUAAGGAGGAGAGGACUCCUCAGGGACCAGUUCCUGAUUAUCAAAAUAUGCAGCACAACAGAAACAAUCAAACUGGUGGGAGAAUUUCACACUCAGGUCCAUUGAUGAGCAACCGAAACAUGGCUAAGUCAACAAUGCAUGUGAAGGAGAAUGCACUUCCUAGAUACCCUCCAGCUAGAGUAAACCCGAAGAUGUUAUUGGGCUCGGCCUCCUCCAAAACACUACUAGAACGACAAGAUCAACCAGUCAUGAACCAAAGAAGAAGAGAUCGACGAGCAUACAAUAGAGUUGAUACUAUGGAUAGUAGACAUAUGACAGCACCAAUUGACCCAUGUUGGUAUAAUCCUAGUGAUAGCAAGAUUUACAUGUCAGGACCAUCGUUAGAUCAGCCAAGCAGAGUGGACCAGAUGCUUGAAGAACAUGACAGACAGCUUCAGGAACUUAAUAGACAAGCAAACAAGACACCACAAGGCUGAAUUCAUUGGAAGAGCCAAACUAUGUAUCAAAGCAUUGACCUUUCUAGAGCAGAACCAGUUGAGUCAGAUUUGUCAUAAGAAUUUGUUAGGAUUGUUCGAAUAGAGUACUGUAUUUAAAGAGUCUUCAUAGAGUUCGAUGUAUGUACAUAUAUACAAAAUCUCAUUACAUUUAUUAUAUACUAAAUUGAUUGUUGUUCUUGUGUAAAUAUACGGUUCAAUUGUAA